AUGCAUAGGUCAAGCGAAGUUGAGCUUCUUACAUGGAUCAAGGGCAUUCUUUCUCUGAAGAUAAACGAGAAGACAGACAAUUUGAUGGAUCUGCUGGCGGAUGGAAUAGUUCUUUGCGAUUUGAUAAAUGCAUUUAUACCAAACAAGUGCAAAGCCAAGCCAUCCUCUAUUGUAUUUAAAAGAAUGGAGAACAUUGAUUUAUUUUUGAGAGCAGCCAAGGAGAUAGGAGUGCUUGACAGCGAGCUAUUCCAGACAGUUGACUUAGUGCACGAGGAGAAGAGAAACCCAAAACAGGUUGCAAUAUGUCUUUACUCUCUUAGCAGAAAUCUUAAAAAAAGAUUCCCAAACUCCAAAUUCAAAAUCAUUGGGCCUAAGCUUGCAAAUCCAAAUGUGCGAGAGUUCACUCCAGAGCAGCUAGAGAUGGGUAAGAAAAUAAUAAGCGUUCAGAUGGGCACAAACAAAGGAGCAACACAGGCAGGGCACGGAACAGGAGUUAGGCAAAUAACACCUGGUUACGAAUAA